AUGCGCCCAGCGCCGUUAUUAUGGCGGCUACUUUCCUUACAGACGGCGGCUGCGAUCACCGUCGAUACGACUUCAGCUAGUUCAAUAAAGAGCGCUGCCAGCACUGUUGCCUUUGACUUAAUGACAUAUUACAAUGGAAACACCACUGGUGGCAUUCCAGGCAUCCUUCCACAACCGCAUUUUUGGUGGGAAGCUGGAGGGAUGUUCAUGACGAUGAUCGAUUACUGGCGAUAUACUGGGGAUUCGACAUAUAACGAAGUAACGUCUGAGGCAUUACAAUUUCAAGUCGGCCCAAACAACGAUUAUAUGCCACCAAACCAGACGAAGAAUGAAGGGAACGACGAUCAAGGAUUCUGGGCCAUGGCGGCGAUGCUAGCCGCAGAGACGAACUUCCCAAAUCCACCAAAAGAUAAACCACAAUGGCUAGCAUUAGCCCAGGCGGUGUUUAACGAGAUGGCUUCGAGAUGGGACACAUCGACGUGUGGCGGGGGAUUAAGAUGGCAGAUCUUCGCUUUCAACAAAGGCUUCAACUACAAGAAUAGUAUCGCAAAUGGCUGCUUUUUUAAUCUCGGUGCGAGGUUGGCUCGAUAUACUGGGAAUGAUACUUAUGCGCAGUGGGCUGAAAAGAUCUGGGAUUGGGAGGAAUCACUCGGGCUUAUCGACAGCCGCCACAAUAUAUACGAUGGUGCGACUGAUACGCAAAACUGCACCCAGAUCACCCGGUUCCAGUGGUCAUAUAACGCAGGCGUCUUUCUUCACGGAGCUGCAAACAUGUAUAACUACACAAAUGGCAGCAAACCCAUCUGGAAAGACCGCACCGCCGGCAUCCUCAAUGCAAGCCAAAUAUUCUUCGAGAACAACGUCAUGGCCGAACAAGCCUGCGAACCCGUAAAAACAUGCAACCUCGAUCAACUCUCCUUCAAAACCUAUUUUUCUGGCUGGCUCGCCAGCACCACCUCCCUAGCAGCCUUCACCCUCCCCGUCAUCGCCCCUCUCCUCAGCGCAUCAGCCAAAAAUGCCGCUACCCAAUGCAAUGCCGGAUCAACCAAGACGCAAUGUGGAUCUAAAUGGACGGGUGACGCGCAGAAUGAUGGGAAUAUGGGAAUCGGGCAGCAGAUGAGCGCGCUUGGUGUGAUCCAGAGCGCUAUGGUUGCUAUCCCGGGCCAGAAAAUUAUAGCGGCUGUGACGAAUAGCACGGGUGGUACGAGCGUAGGGAACCCAGAGGCGGGAAUUACUUCGCAGAAUGCGGCACAGAUGAUGGCUUCGGAUAUGGAGGUGGGCUUGAGGGAUAAGAUUGCCGCCGCGUUUCUGACUGUUGCUAUUGUUGGUGGUGUUAUUGGGGGGAGCGUGGUAAUGGUUUUCGAGAAGUGA